AUGGAUGAUAAAGUAUCAGCUGCCCAGAAAGCACGUAUUGAAAAAAAUAGGCAACGUGCAUUGUUACUUCGCUCUGCAAGACUUACCAAUCACCCCUAUACCAAGAACAACAGUGAAGGGAUUACUGUUGUUGUGAAUGGAUCAAGAUUAAUUGAUUCUGGUGCAGGGUUUCUGAUGGAACCUGAAGAUGAUAAUAAUAUUCAGUGCAAUACAAUUAUACAGGAACCAGCACCAUACUUACUUGACAGCCAAGAUUUAUGCAGAGAGUGUCAUGCUAAGUUUUCUGAUUCAUUUAUGCUAAAAAACUUUAACCUAAAUGUAUGUGAUGGAUGUAGAGAUAAGGAUAAACACAAGCUAAUUACUAAAACUGAUGCCAAGCAGAAAUUUUGUUUAAAAGAUUGUGACUUUGAUGUCAGAGAACCACCCUUAAAGUUUAUAUUAAAAAAAAAUCCACAUAAUGAUCGGUGGGGAGAUAUGAAGUUAUUUCUUGAAGAUCAGGUUCGUAACAGAGCUAUAGAAGUCUGGGGGAGUGAAGAUGGUAUUGAAGAACAAAAAGAAUUACGAACAGAAAACAAAGAUAAAUUAAAAAACAAAAAAUUUGAAAAAAAGAUAAAAAAUUUACGUGACACUGUUCGAACGAGUACUUGGCACAAAGAUCUUUCAAAGCAUACUCAUGAGUACGACUCCGAGAACGAGGUUUAUCACGAAGACGAAGAUGUAUACGAAAAAAAGUGUAAAACGUGUGACUAUAAGUUAAAAUAUGAAAAAAUGUAG